AUGGGGCAACUUCCAGAGUCCCGCGUCGUCCCUGCCGCGCGCUGCUUCCUGAAAGUUGGAACAGAUUUUGGUGGUCCGUAUUUGAUCAAAGACUCUAAGCGACGAAAUGCACCUUCUCAUAAGGCUUACAUCUGCUUAUUCAUUUGUUUUGCAACGAAAGCAAUUCACUUAGAGCUCGUCUCCGAUCUGACUACGGAAGCAUUCAUCGCCGCGUUGGAGAGAUUCACAUCGCGCAGAGGCAUGUGUACUGACAUUUUUUCGGAUAAUGGAUCAAAUUUCAAGGGCACAAAUAAUUAUUUGGAUGAGCUUUAUGAAUUUUUGCGUGAAGAAAAGUCGAAUGAAAUGGUCACAAAACAUUUGACAUUGAAAAGCAUCAAAUGGCACUUCUCGCCACCCACUGGCAGCCAUUUUGGUGGCAUUUGGGAAGCUGGCAUCAAAUCAGUGAAAUUCCACCUAAAGAGAAUAUUAG